CACGGCCGCCGCCGCCACCACCACCACCACCUCAGCUCUGGAGCGCUCCCGCCCUUCACCAUGAAGAUGAUCAACCAUGUUGUGAAGGACGAGCAACCGGCCAAGCAUUCUGCAUGGCUUCUACAGUCAAGCGCUCAUAUCCUCAACUCGACAACCCACGUUCGACCGCAAACCGCGCAACCAUGCAAUCACAACUUGACAAGCACAAGGACGAGUGCGAACAAGCGCUGCCCAACAGACCGCUCGGAUCGCAAGACAUACCUCUCCUCGCCCAUGCACACGCGCCGCUCAACUUUGCCCGCCGACAUAACGUUGACGUACCCCGCCAUGACGAGCCCGGAUACGCCCACUAUCAGGCCAUGCAGAGAGUCGCCUUCGCCAACGCCGUCCGAGAGCUUGAGAAGGAGCUGGGAUCGCGCAGCAAUGUGGAACACCUAGAACUAGAGAAUGCGAGGCUGAUUAUACGACAUUAUAGCCAAAGCAAGCUCUCCCAGCAGGAGCUCGCCGACCUCCAAAAAGCAACCCACUUCGACAAGAAGGAGCUGCAGCAAUGGUACAAAGGCUUCUUGAAGGACUGCCCAUCGGGCAUGCUCACCAAGGAGGAGUUCCAAAAAAUCUACAAGCAGUUCUUCCCCUUUGGCGAUCCGUCCUCAUUCGCAGACUACGUCUUCAACGUUUUCGAUGCGGACAAGUCUGGCACAAUCGACUUCAAGGAGUUUAUUUGCGCCCUGAGUGUCACGAGCAGGGGCAAGAUGGAGGACAAGCUUGACUGGGCGUUCCAGCUAUAUGACAUCGACGGCGACGGCAAAAUCAGUUACGAGGAGAUGCUCGCGAUUGUAGAAGCAAUCUACAAGAUGGUUGGUUCCAUGGUCAAGCUCCCCGAAGACGAAGAUACCCCGGAGAAGCGCGUUAAGAAGAUCUUCCGGAUGAUGGACAAGGACGAGAACGGCAGCUUGGACAUGGCCGAGUUCAAGGAGGGCUCCAAGCGCGACGAAACCAUUGUUUCGGCACUCUCCCUAUAUGACGGACUUGUGUAAACUAGGGGUCGAUACCCAGUGUCGUUUUCUUGUGCCUUUUUGUUUGCUUUCGAUAACAGCGCAUUUGUGGAAUUUCUGACAUGCUUUCGUUCCACUUCUGUAGGGUGGCGGAGGAAGCUUUGACAUCGCCACGGCGUACGGG